UCUCCUCGCCCUUCAGCUUCCGGAGUUGCGGUGCCCCUACAAUUGAAACCCCAACAAAUAACAGAAACAAACAAAUAACCAUUUAUACCGGCGGCUUCUCCGUCGUGAAACUAAGUUUUACUCAACGGCGGCGGUGUAGCCUUUCUCAUAACAAUCAAUCAACCGGAGCCACAAAUUUUAUCAGUAACGAGUAAGAAAAGAUGUCGUUGAGGAUAAAGACAGUGGUCGAGAAAUUCGUUGAGGAAUUGAAAGAAGCUCUCGAUGCAGACAUACAAGAUAGAAACAUGAAGGAGAGAGAGAUGCAGAGUUAUAUCGAAGAGCGCGAACGUGAGGUAGCCGAGCGUGAAGCUGCCUGGAAAGCCGAACUUUCUCGUCGAGAGGCAGAGAUUGUGAGGCAAGAAGUAAAAUUGAAGAUGGAAAGGGAAAACCUUGAGAAAGAAAAGAGUGUGUUAAUGGGAACUGCAUCGAAUCAAGAUAAUCUUGAUGGGGCUCUUGAAAUUACUGUAAGUGGUGAAAAAUACCGAUGCCUCAGUCUGAAACCGAUCGAUCGGAAAAGCCACGCCACCAUUUCCAUUCAGACUUCAUCACUGAUUCAUUCACUGCUUCUGAGUUUUUGGUUGGUGGAAACGAAGGCAAGAAGAAAGAUCGAAGAAAUGGAGAGCUCGGGAGAGAUGGUGGCGUUCCCCUUGUUGAUUACGCCGAUCGAGACCAAUUACAGGGCAUGCACAAUCCCCUACAGGUUCCCCUCUGAUAACCCCAAGAAACCAACUCCCACUGAGCUCUCUUGGAUCAACCUCUUCGCCAAUUCGAUUCCCUCUUUCAAGAAGAGAGCAGAAAGCGAUGAUACUGUCUCCGAUGCUCCUGCAAAAGCUGAAAAGUUUGCUCAAAGGUAUACUGAAAUACUAGAGGACUUCAAAAAAGAUCCUGAAAGCCAUGGUGGACCACCUGAUUGCAUACAUCUUUGUCGUAUGCGUGAGCUUAUCCUCAGAGAGGUUGGUUUCAGAGACAUAUUCAAGAAAGUUAAGGAAGAAGAAAAUGCUAAAGCAAUAACCUUAUUUAAGGAAGUUGUUGAGUUGAAUGAUGCUAUUGAAGAUGAAUCAAAGCGAAUGGAGAAUUUGGUCAGAGGAAUAUUUGCAGGGAACAUAUUUGAUCUAGGUUCUGCACAGCUUGCAGAGUUAUUCUCAAAAGAUGGAAUGUCCUUUUUGGCCAGUUGUCAAAAUAUUGUUCCUCGACCUUGGGUUAUUGAUGAUUUGGAUACUUUCAUUUCAAAAUGGAGCAAGAAACCAUGGAAAAAGGCUGUGAUAUUUGUGGAUAAUUCAGGUGCAGAUAUUGUUUUGGGUAUAUUGCCUUUUGCUAGAGAAUUACUUCGUCAUGGGACAAAGGUUGUAUUGGCAGCUAAUGACCUGCCUUCUAUCAAUGAUGUAACUUAUCAUGAGCUACUGGAGAUCAUCUCAAAGUUGAAGGAUGAAAAUGGAAAGCUUUUGGGUGUUGAUAUUCAGAAUCUUUUGAUUGCCAAUUCUGGUAAUGAUUUACCGGUAAUUGAUCUUGCCAGCGUGUCACAAGAGCUUGCAUACCUGGCAAGUGAUGCUGACCUGGUAAUUUGUGAAGGAAUGGGUCGUGGAAUCGAGACAAAUCUUUAUGCUCAAUUUAAGUGUGAUUCCCUCAAGAUUGGAAUGGUGAAGCAUCAAGAGGUUGCCCAGUUCCUUGGUGGGAGGCUGUACGAUUGUGUAUUCAAGUUCAAUGAAGUUGCAACUUGUUGAUUUAAUUCUUUCUAAAAACUAUAAAAUAUAUAUAACUUCAGGAGGAAGUGUAGUAGUCUGUACUCUGUAGAUGAUGACACACACACAAUGAAUCUCGUGUCUUUUGUUUUUUGCCUAACCACUUUCUUAAGUCCAAAGAAUAUUUUGAUAAGUGGGAAGUGUAGGUGAU